GAUUGGGAGGGUCAAGGAAGCGUCAUCUCGCCGCAGCGCAUUAGUAGUCGAUUAUCUACUCUUUCCGAACCCGAACCCGAACCCGAACCCUCUAAAGCGGGCUAGCCCAUUGGCCCUUUUGGAAGGCCCGGUUGGUGUGCUGAGUAAUUCGCGGUUGUUCUGUAUAAAAAUCAGUCUAUAUAUAGCAUCAGCUCUAGAAAGCCCAAAGAAGGUCUCGUGUUUUUUAGUUUGUGCGACAAGACAACAAUGGCGUCCGGAGGAGGGAGUACAGCAGCAGCAGCAGCAGCAGCACCAGUGGUGGAGUGGCACCAGAGGCCUCCAAACCCUAAGAACCCAAUCGUGUUCUUCGACGUAACAAUGGGCGGUAUUCCCGCUGGUCGUAUCAAGAUGGAGCUCUUCGCCGACAUCGUCCCCAAAACCGCCGAAAAUUUCAGGCAGUUCUGCACAGGCGAGUACAGGAAGGCAGGAUUACCUGUUGGUUACAAGGGAUGCCAGUUCCAUAGGGUGAUUAAGGAUUUCAUGAUUCAAGCUGGUGAUUUUUUGAAGGGUGAUGGCAGUGGAUGUGUAUCUAUUUAUGGAAGUAACUUUGAGGAUGAAAAUUUUAUCGCUAAGCAUACUGGUCCUGGUUUAUUAUCAAUGGCAAAUAGUGGACCAAAUACUAACGGAUCCCAGUUUUUUCUCACAUGUGCGAAGUGCGACUGGCUUGACAACAAGCAUGUUGUCUUCGGGAGAGUGCUUGGAGAUGGACUUCUGGUUCUCAGGAAGAUUGAAAUGGUGCCAGUCGGUCCCAACAACCGGCCUAAAAUGGCUUGCGUUAUUGCUGAAUGUGGAGAGAUGUAAAGACGAGCUUUACAAGUGAAUCAGGAGAUAUAAGAAUCACUGUAUUCUAUUUCGAGAUUCCUACAAGUUUAAAAUUUUAGAUGACUGCAGCCAUUUUUGCUCUCUGUGAUGCACAACAAAGCUGAUGAUGAUUACCUAACUUGUAAUGAGGUUGUUCCCUAACAGUCAUUCAACUGAGCUCUCCUAGUUAGCCUCCACUUGUUUCAUCAUUCAUGACCUAUGUUUAUUCCCAGCCAGUCAUGUUUAGCUGCA